GACCUGCAAUGCUUCAGUACACUGGUGACUGCACAGGAGGAUGCGAGAAGACGACGACGAGUGCUUCACGGAGGUCGAAAGCGAGCCCGAGCUCGGCUCGCUCAGCGCAAUGAGGUCGGGCUUUAAGGCACUGUACGACGAGCUCGAUAGGCUUGGUGAACAGGCCACACUUACGGUGGAGUCGAUCGAGCAGGAACGGGCCGGCGAGAAGGAAGUGCUCAACAACGAAGACAUCGCCGAUUUGAUAAGGUACGCGCGUACAUUUAUCCGUGAAACGAGAAAAACCUUCGUAACGGUCGAUGAGCACGGUGUGCAGUGUGGGCCGGAAAGGCGCUCCAACAAGAAGGUUUCAACGCCGAAAGCUUGGAAGCAACCGAUUGUGGCUGAAAGGACGGUAGAACGGGAGGUACUUACGGUGUGUGAGAACCGGCGUCGAAGUGCUGUUACGGUGAUUCAACAAACCGUCCCGAGGGAUGAUGCCGGAGCCGUAUCCGAUGAUCCGGAAGGGGGCGGUGUUAUGAUGUCAACAGCGGGCGAAAGAAGCAUUCAAACUGAACCGCUGAACAACACUGUUGCCGUGGAAACGCUGCCCGAGGUACGUAGUAUAGGGACCAAUGUGAACUUUGUUUCACCGCGUGCAAAGCGAACCAAUGUGCUGGGUGGUGGUGGUGGUACACUGUCCGUUCGAUCUGCUGCUACCCGGUCGACGAAGUGUCCCAGCGCACCUGAGCACCGUGUACGGGCUGCUAUUAAAACACGGCCUCCUCCUCCUGCUACAGUGCCAGCUGCAACGGCUAGCAAGAAACCUUUGGGUAGGCCAACGUUCUCCGAUGGGCAGUUCAAGCUGCUGUUUGACCGGUUUAUACAGAUGCAGUCGGAAAAGUAUCCCGAUGCGGCGAAGGAUCAUGCAGAACAUCUCGAGAACGUUGUCACUGAGCAGGUGGAGCAAGCGGAACAACCACCCCAAGAACCGGAUAGUGUUGAGCCGGCUCUGGUAAAGGUAAACGGAGGAGAAGAAUAUUCCACAAUUCCAGAAAAAGCUAAAAAUCACAAUGAAGCAGUAGAGAAAUUAACGACUCAAGAAAAAGCACCGGAUACAGAUGAAAACGCGGGAGAAUCGCUUGGAUUUACAAGCCACAUCCUGCCGAGCUUGUCUAUCAAGGGACGUUGGGAUGCAAAUCUGAAGGUACAGCAAACGGGGAGCAUCGCAAUCGUUGAUCCUAGGGAUACGUCUUGUGACAAACUUCAAAAUGAUAACGUGAAGUACGUUGAGUUGAACCAGGCACUUCCGGUGAAACACUUAAACACAGACAUUCGGAAUGGAGCAGCUGAGGAUAUUAAGCAGGAUUUAGGAACUGAAAUCGCGCCGAAGCUGUCUAAAUUGCGUGUAGAAGUUGCAGAUAAAGUGGAUACACACUCGAACAGUGAGUCAGAGAAUACGGCAACGGAAGUAACAAGCUCUGGAGAGGAAGCUGGCGGUGGUCUGCCUAUGAUACGUAUCCCUAGAUCUGUCUGAAGCGCAAGGAAUAUUCUACCAAGAACCGGCCGGAGGUGUCGCUUGACAUUUUUGAUGAAGAAUCUACCUGCUCCAGUACGGAAGGUGAUCU